AUGACUUCGAUAGCGACUGCUUCAGCUUCGACUCCUCCAACCUCGGAUCUCCUGAGCAUCUUACCUCAACUCCUCACCACCCUCCAAUCCCCAACCUCGAUCAGCAUACCACCAGCUACCCUCCUAGGCGCCAUCACCCAUUUCCUAUCUCAGAUAGACUCACCUCACCUGCACGACUUCAUCUCAGCUCUCAUAUCAUCCCCUACAUUGUGGUCGCACAACGGUAUCUCAGCAGAAGAUAUCAGGAAUGCCAUCAGACUUUCUAUACCUGCUAAAAUAUCCAAGAUACAUCAGGAGACAGCUGAUGUAUACUUCAAAGAGACGAGGAGGAGAAGGAAAGCUAGGGAGUGGCUGGGUGUUUGGCUUGACUCGCUUUCGGAUGAUCAAGAUGGUACAGGCGCAAUACAGACUAGGAUAGGUCUGUUGCAAGGGUUAGAUGAUACGCCAGAGAUAGAUUGGGGAAAAGGUCGGGUCAAGCUUGAGGAGACGAUGAUUCUAUCACUUGCUGAGAAAUUUCAAACACCAUCUACUCCUGACUGUGGUGAUUUGAUUGCUGUGAUACCUCAUAUAGCUGUGGACAGGCUACAGGCGCUCGAUAUCAAGGCUGUGACUUCUCAGAUCGAAUCCAAUCUGUAUCAAGAACUCGACCACUUCUCUCCAUCCACAGAGACGGUUGUACUCAAUCUCUCAAGGGCAUUGGCAAGAUCUUGGGAGGUGUCAUAUUCUGGGGGACCAUCAAGUAGGAAAUACGCUAAAGAGAGGAUGAUCAGUUUUUGCGAGCAAAUGCAGGAGAAGACUGAAAACCUAGAGUCAGAAUGGCAAGGAAACUCUGGAUCGAAAACGGAGGAUGCCAACGAUCCGGUAUGGCUCAAGAACAAAACCACUUUUUUCUCUUUCCUCACGGUUGCAUCUACGAUCAUCGAUAUUGUUCUCUCCCAUCCCAAUAACUCCAUUCCGACCGACCGCAAUGGCCUCGAUCCCCUCUCUGCUGCAGAUAUAGCUAUAAAUCUUUUGACGACACUCGGGUCAUUCGCAUAUUUCACUGAUACCAAUCAAGGAACAUUCGAGAACUACUAUAAGAUCUUGUAUGCUUCCUUGGACAUAGCAUCUGGCCAGGGUGGUGAUGAGGGUGUCAGCGCACUAUUCGAAAAACUAUGUCGAGAAGGAAAGAUGAGUGAUGCCAAAGCAGGAUAUGUAUUGGUCUUAGGAGAAGAGUUGAUACACCAUCUGGGGAAGAAGGAGAUAGAUUUGUUAUUACCGCUUGCAGAAAGACAUGCACACAAACCAACACAUAAAGGAAGUUUCGAAGCUUCUCAUGCGUUCCUCCUUGCCUUAAUAAGGACUUCAUCAGAAGGUUUAUCUAGGAAUGAUGCUCAAACGGCAUUCUUCGAUUCGCUAUUACCUAAUUACAUUAACAUCAUUAUAAAGCAAUAUUCCCAGAAACACAUCUCAUCCGAACAAUUUCGCCAAGCCUUCCCUCUCAUUGUUGAAUCAGCUUCAAAGCGUUCUCCCCCUUCCGUUGCCUUCUGCUUAUCCUACCUAUCGACGCUUAAGCCAAAUCCAGACAUUAGACACAUUCGGGUGACAAUUACCCCUUUUAUCGAUUCCGCCCGCUUACCAGGAUAUUUAGAGGAUCUAGCUCAGAUGAUAUUGACUACGGAGAAGAACUCGGAAGAAAGGAUGGAUCUGACUAGGAACGCCUUCGAGAUGGUUGUGAAAGAUUUAAGUGAUAAGAAUAAACAUGUUGGAAUUGAUUGGUGGAUCAAUUGGAAGGAUCGAUUUGCAGGCCGGGGGAAGGAAGUGGGAUUUAUUCGAAGUAGGCUGUAA